AUGUUAUCACCACUAUCAUUAACAUUAUUAUCAUCGUGCGUUGUCGUCAUCUUGUCAUUGCCAUUGGGCAAUAAUUAUGAAUUAUCAACAAUUAGGAAUUUACCGCUGCGUUACAGUAAUGGAAUGAAUCGAGAAAAACAAGGCUAUCAAUUGAUUGAACGGAUAAGGCUACCAACUGGACGAACGAUUGCCCAAAUACGUAAGAAGCAAGAAGUUGUUAAUGAUAACGAUGGUAAUAUUGAUAGUAAUGAUGCUGAUGGAGAUGAUGAACUGAUAGAUCAACUUGAUGAUAUAGAAUUGGCAAUUUUGGCACGAAUUGUGCGAAGCCAAUUGGAUCGAUAUGAUCCCGAUCUACCCGUUGACGAAUAUCAAAUUGUCAAAUUACCCCGCAAUUCAAUUAGACAACCGAUAUUACCGUAUACCGAGGAUAUCGGUGACAACGAAAACGAAUCAACCAUACUUUCUAAUGAUCUACCGAUUAUUGAACUGCCUGAGGAUGAAAUUUAUGAAACCGAUGAACAAACUGUUAAGACACCCAAGUAUGUUUUGAUACCAGCAGAGGAAAUGAUUGCAGUACCUACAACUAUGAUAGAAGAUGAUCUGGUACCCAUUAUUGAUGAGGAUGCAUUGGAUGACUUGGAACUACGAACAAAAAUAGCUUCACUAGCUGAUGCCUUGAAUGAACGUGCUACUCGAGGCUUGUGA